AUGUACCCCGACCCGCUCAAGGUGGUUUCCCGCAAAAUCACAGACAGCAUCGUGCUCAGCUCGAGCGGCUUCCGCCGGUUCGGCAAAAUCAACUUUGGUGCUCGCAUGGCCUUGUUCAACUACAACGGCUCCAUCGUGGUGUGGCUGGCGAUGCCGUACGGCGACGGCGUGAAAAAGGCAUUGGAGCUUUCGGCAGGUGGAAAAGAACCCCAGGUUUCGUACGUCAUCGUUCCCGACAAGGAACACACAAUGGCUGCAAAAUCGUUCAAGCAGCAGUUUCCAGCGUUGAAGAUCAUCGCCAUGGAGGGUGUGGAUUUGGGGCUGGAGGCGCCCAUUGACCAUGUGAUUACGGCCGACGUCAAGGGCAAGAUUCUCGAUAAACUGGCGCUCGAGCUGAUUGGCAUCACGGACCCUGUGAUUGUGGAUAAUUUCGAGUUUGUCUACCUCCCCAGCCACGCCAACAAGGAGCUUGUCAUGUACGACAAGAACCUGAAGAGUCUUUUCCAGGCGGACUUGCUUUUCAAUUUGCGUGGCGACGAGGAGAACGAGCAGUUUUCCAAAGAGGUGGGCCACGAAGGCAGCGUUUUCAACGGCUUCUCGUAUCCGGCAAAGUACAUGAAUCCCGACAGCAAAGUGGGCCGAUUCUUCAUGAACAAGGCCGCCGGCUCGUCCAGCGGCGCCGAGGGGCUCAGAAAUAUUUAUAGCUGGGAUUUCGACAGGUUGGUGAUGUGCCAUGGGGCUGUUUUCGAGACCGGCGGCAAGGAGGCGUUCCGGAAGGUGUUUGGGGGCGUUUUGGGCAAGUAG